AUGAUGUCAAGAUUUAAGGAAUACAAGGAUGAAACCGAUGAAACAAGAAUCGCCCAUAAAAUAGUUGAAGCUCGACAGGCACUUUAUCGUCUCAAGAGGGCUAAUGUAUUUGAUCUUAAGGCGAAACUCUUAACCAACAUUCCUAUACUAAAAGAAAAAGAUCUCGAUCCAGAAACUUCGGACGCCGGCGGGAAAUCAUCGACGGAUCAAAAACGUUAUGUUGUGACCAAAUCUCCUUGGUCGGGACGUCCGGUUCCACCAGUGAAUCAGAAAGAUAGACAAGGGUUGGAUGUUGAAGAAAUAGAGAAUUUCUUGGGAAGUGUUCCAGUGUUAAGACACGAAUCAAAGAAACCUGAUGGAGGACCUGAAUUGAUUGCCCGCCUUUCCCCAAUUUCGCCCACAAGAAUCGCCGUUAUCGGCGAUCGUUUGCUGACCGACAUUUUGUUCGGAAACAUGAAUGGAAUGUUUACGAUAUUCACGAAAAAAGUGGUGUCAGAAAAAAAUGACAAUAAGAUGGCCGUGGUGGUAUAA